AUGCAAUUAGUCGUAAUAAUGAUAGGAAUGGUUUAUUAUCAUGAUGAAUUGUUUCCUAUUUCUGAAACUCUAUUGAAGCAGUUUGCAUUGGUUGGAACUUUGAUUGGAUAGUUAUUAUUUGGAUAUUUAGCAGAUCUAUUAUGA